AUGACAACCGCCACGAGUUCAUUCCCUUCCCCACUCCCUAUUCAUCGCGCCCCAAGGCCUCCAUCUUCAAUCCCUCAGCUCAAGCCUCUGACAACGCCGUCCAUCCUCCCCACCGCGAAGACUCUCCCUCUACCCCACCACCACUUGCUCCGCGCCGCUCAGUCCUCUGCCUCCAGCGAACUCUCCCCCGUUGGCGCGGCGGCGUUGGCAGCUGCGGCCGGCCCUUCAAAGGACGACGCGGCGCUGCUCUCGCUCCUCCGCCAGAGGAGGACCGAUGAGGCCUAUGCGAUCUACGCACGGUGCCCCCAACUCCCCGGACCCACCUGCCUCAGCCGCCUGGUGGCGCAGCUCUCGCACCAGAACACCCCCAUCGCACUGUCCCGCGCACAGGCCAUCGUCCGCCGGCUCCGGGACGAGCGCCAGCUCCACCGCCUCGACGCCAACGCGCUCGGCCUGCUCGCCGUCGCCGCCACCAAGUCCGGCGCGCUGCAGUACGCCGUGUCCGUCAUCCGCUCGAUGCUCCGCUCCGGCUACCUCCCCCAUGUGAAGGCCUGGAGCACCGUGGUCAGCCGCCUCUCCGCCGCCCCCGACGACGGACCCGCCGAGGCCCUCCACCUCUUCGGCGCCGUCUCCCGCAGGGUCCGAAGCGUCGCCAACGCCACCCUCACCUCAGAAGCUCGUCCUGACACGGGCGCCUUCAACGCAGCUCUCAACGCCUGCGCGAACCUCGGGGACGUCCGGAGGUUCACCCAGCUGUUCGAGGAAAUGCCAGAGUUCGAUGUUCAGCCCGAUGUGUUAACAUACAAUGUCGUCAUCAAGCUCUGCGCGAGGGUUGAGAGGAAGGAUCUCCUCGCCCUGGUCCUGGAGCGUAUCCUGAGUGCAGGUCUCGUUCCCUGCGUCACCACCCUGCACUCGCUGGUCGCUGCCUACGUGGGAUUCGGCGACCUCGAGACAGCGGAGAAGAUUGUACAGGCAAUGCGAGAAGGAAGAGCGGACAUCUGCAGUAUCCUCAGAAACCAAAAGUCCGAAGAAGACAGGGAUGGCGCCGGCCACGGAAGCUUGGCGGAGGAGGACGAGGCGGAAAACCACGCCCUUCUGGAGAAAUUGGUGAGGUCAGAGGACGAUGACGGUGGCGGCGCUCCGCUGCUGCUGCCGCGUACGUAUGCCCCAGACUCGCGAAUCUACACCACCCUCAUGAAAGGGUACAUGAAGGAAGGGCGGGUGGGCGACGUCGUCCGGAUGGUGGAGGCCAUGCGGCGAGAGGCAGACCCUUCGAGCCACCCCGACCAGGUCACCUACACCACGGUGAUAACCGCUCUUGUGAAGGCCGGUUUCAUGGACAGGGCCAGAAGCGUGCUGGGGGAGAUGGCCCGGCAAGGCGUGCCGGCCAACCGCGUCACCUACAAUGUCCUUCUCAAGGGCUAUUGCGAGCAACUGCAGCUGGACAAGGCCAAGGAGCUGGCGACGGAGAUGGCCGGCAACGUGGGGAUAGAGCCCAACGUCGUCUCCUACAACAUACUCAUCGACGGGUGCAUCCUCGUCGACGACAGCGCCGGGGCGCUGGCCUACUUCAACGAGAUGAGGGAGCGCGGAAUCGCCCCCUCCAAGGUCAGCUACACCACGCUGAUGAAGGCCUUCGCCCUCACGGGCCAGCCGAAACUCGCCCACAAGGUGUUCGACGAAAUGGCGAAGGACACCAGAGUCAAGCUCGACAGGGUAGCCUGGAAUAUGCUGGUUGAAGGGUACUGCCGCAUGGGGUCAAUCGAGGAAGCAAAGAAGAUCGUCGAGCGGAUGAAGGAAAGCGGUUUCCUCCCUGAUGUUUCCACGUACGGCAGCCUCGCCAACGGCAUCGCCUUGGCCAGGAAGCCGGGGGAGGCUCUGCUGCUCUGGAACGAGGUGAAGGAGAGGUGCGCCGGGAGGCCCCCUCUGAGGCCCGACGAAGGCCUGCUCGACGCUCUGGCCGACAUCUGCGUGAGAGCGGCCUUCUUCAAGAAGUCCCUUGAGAUCGUCGCCUGCAUGGAGGAGAACGGCAUCCCCCCGAACAAGACCAAGUACAAGAGAAUAUACGUGGAGAUGCACUCGAAGAUGUUCACCAGCAAGCACGCGUCGCUGGCCAGGCAGGCCCGCCGGAGCGAGAGGAAACGGGCGGCCGAGGCCUUCAAGUUCUGGCUGGGACUCCCAAACUCCUACUACGGCAGCGAGUGGAGGCUCGAGCCCGUCGAUGACUUCUGA